UGCCCAUGUCGCCUCCCAGACUAACGCUCGUACCGGAGUCCUCUCCUGGACAUGUUGUGACUCCGCUCGCAGUGGAUGCUGUGUUUUAGAAGCGGACUUUUUAAUCAUCACUCGGAUAUUAUAGUGACUGUUUCGGGUCGUUUUAGGGGGAACCAUCCGCUGCCACGAUGCUCUACUAUGGACUUCUCCUGUGUUUUUGUGGCACAGGUAUUGUUUGGUCGCAGCCGGACAGCUCGGGAUUAUCUUAUGCACUGAGGUCUGAACUGUCAGAAGAUACGAUUUUGGUCGCCAAUAACGAAGUACGAGUGCCUUUCGGGAGAACUGUGUUCAUUGACCCCGUAAACGAUCUGGUUAUUCAGACCGAGCCUGGCGAUCAGUGCAGCAUCACAGUUCUGGAUAACGACCCGCUGUCACAGAGACCCGGGCAACUCUCUCCCAAAAAGUUUCCGUGUGAUUUCGGUCCUAACGACGUGAACUACUCUCACUUCGGGUCGAGGAGCCCUGCUAAGGACCGGGUGAGGCUGCAAUUGAGGUACGACACGCAAACAGAGACCGUUAUCAUCCCGUUCAUGAUGGAAAUAGAGGUGAUCUUUACGCAGCUAGAAUUGCUCACCAAAAACAUGCCUCUGACUGUUGAUAAUUUCAAAGGGAUAAGUAACCCGAUUGACAAAAAGGUGUUAGAAUUCACAUAUGACAGAGUGUCUCACAGAUGCGAGGUGACCUCUCUGUCCAGUGGCAGUGAGCUACCCAGAUAUGGAAAACUCAUCGACGGGGGGAAACUUGCGAACAUGAUGGACUGUGAUGAAUUCACCCAGGCUGACAUUCGCUACGAGCACACGUUCAACCGUAAAUCCCCAAAUAGAGAUUAUGCUCCCAUGGUGGUGGGACUGCACGACACGGAAGGCAAUUUAGUCAAACAAGAAUAUUUCCAUCUGAUGAUUCGCAUCAGAGAGGGAGAGGAGAACACGCCGCCAAAGCCGAGCUUCGUGUCCAUGAUGAUGAUGGAAGUGAGCCAAUUUGUUCUGACAGCUCUCACCCCUGACAUGAUUGCUGCUGAAGACGCUGAGUCAGACCCGGACGAGCUCAUAUUCAACAUCACCUCUCCCCUCUCGUACGAAGAGGGCUACAUAGUCAGCACCGAUGACAGAAACCUCCCAAUCACGUCUUUCUACCAGAGAGAUUUGAUGGAGCUCAAAAUAGCGUACAAACCCCCCAGCCUCGACUCAGACACCGAGAGGAUCUUUCAGCUGGAGUUCGAGGUGGUGGACACAGACGGGGCCCUCUCAGACCCGUUCGCCUUCAUGAUCGUCGUGAAACCUAUGAACUCCAUGGCGCCCGUGGUGACCCGCAACACCGGCCAGCUGCUGUACGAGGGCCAGUCCCGGCCGCUCUUCACGUCCAAGAACCUGGAGAUCAGCGACGAGGACAACCUGGACGGAGUGCGCAUCACCGUGGUCGACGGGCUGCGCCACGGCGACCUCAGGGUGCUGGGCCUCCAGCGGAAGUUCUUCACGCCGUCCGACCUGACCUCGGGGCUGGUGGUGUACCAGCACGACGGCAGCGACACCUACAGCGACAACAUCAUCUUCAAGAUGUCCGACGGCAAGAACGAGGUGGAGUUCCUCUUCCCCAUCACGGUGGUUCCCACCGACGACGAGCCGCCCAUCAUCAACGCCAACACGGGCCUGGUGCUGUUUAAGAACCAGAUGAUGCCCAUCUCCACGCCCACGCUCAGCGCGGCCGACAUCGACUCGGAGGACUCCACCAUCAGGUUCACCGUCGUCCCUCCGCUGUCCGCCAUCGGCGUGGUGCUCCUGAGGCAGUCGGACGCGCCCGCGGACCCGUCCUCCUGGAGGUUCAACGCGGAGGACGAGGUCUACGAGAAGGAGGUGACGCAGUGGCAGCAGAAGGACAUCACGGACGGGAAGGUGUUCUACAAGCACACGGGCCCCCACGCCACGGACACGGUGACGGAUCAGUUUGUGUUCACCGUUCAGGACGACAACGACCCGCCGAACGAGUCGGGGCCGAGCACGUUCAUCGUUCGGGUGUUACCCAUCGAUGACGUCCCCCCCGAGAUGUUCCCCGGCACCACCUUGCAGAUGACCGUUCACGAGUACCAGCUCACCGCGUUCCACAAGGACGUCCUCCGAUACACCGACUUAGACUCGGAGGACCGCGAUCUCAAAUACGUCGUGGUCCAGCCCCCCACCGACAUGGACGAGAACCACCCGGUCGUGUUCGGAACCCUGGUCCUGACGGACAGCCCCGAUCGGGAGGUCACCGAGUUCACCCAAGCCCAAAUAAACCACCACAAGAUCUCCUACAGCCCCCCCGACGUGGAGCUUGGCAUCACGACCCAUGUAGUGCAGUUCAGCUACUCUGUAGAAGACACGGCCGGCAAUAGUGUGGAGGGCAUCUUCAUCAUCUUCCUCCAGCCGGUCAACAACAAACCCCCUCAGAUUACCAACACCGGCUUCUCUGUGUUUGAGCGGGGCGUGCACAUCUUGUCCGCCGCGGAGCUGGACUGCGAGGACCCUGACACCGACAGUAAGAAGAUCACUUUCAACCUCAGCCAGGCGCCUAAACACGGCCAGGUCCAGCUGGCCUUCACCGACCUCGGCAAAGGGCAGGCCUUCAACCUGGAGGACAUCUCCGAGGGUAGGCUGUCCUACAUUCAGAACGGAGACGAGACGGUGAGCGACGAGUUCCUGCUGGACGUCAGCGACGGCAUCCACGUCGUCACGGUGACGGUGCGCGUCGGGGUGAAGCCCGUGGACGACGAGACCCCCACCCUCAGCCUCCCCGUGGGGACCGUCGGGUCCCACGUGGACGUGUUGGAAAACGGCGCCACGGAAAUCACCACCAACGUCAUCCAAGGCAGCGACGUGGACACCGACGACCUCCAGCUGACCUUCAUCGUGGAAGACCCGCCCACCAUGGGGGAGGUACUGGUCAAGGGCGUGCCCGCCUCCAGGUUCACACAGGCCGACAUAAUCAACGGCUUUGUGGUGUACGCUCACACCGGCGGCGAGAUAGGGGUCGCGUCUCUUCAGGACGGCUUCAAUCUGAGUCUCACCGAUAUGUCCGAGGAGUGGACCGUAGGCGGGAAUCGGAUCGACGGAGUUCGCGUCACCAUAACUAUUCUCCCGGUGGACAACCAGGCCCCCAGAGUAGACGUCGUGCUUGAGUUCAGCGUCAUUGAAGGCGAGAAGUACAACAUCGGGCCUCAGUAUUUGGACGCUGAUGACAACGACACCCCCUCUGAAGACAUCCUGUGCACCAUCAUCGUCCAACCCACUGCUGGGUACGUGGAAAACAUCUCUCCUGCCCCAGGCUCAGAGAAGUCUAGGACAGGAACAGCUGUUAGUGCUUUCACCAUCCGGGACGUGAGAGAAGGGAACAUCUACUUUGUCCAAAGUAUUCACAAAGGAGUCGAGCCCGUAGAGGACCGAUUCACGUUCAGAUGCUCCGAUGGCGUUCAGUUUUCCGAGACCUUGUUCUUCCCCAUUGUGAUAAUCCCCACCAAUGACGAGAAGCCUGAGAUUUUCACACGGGAAAUUGUAGUCAUGGAAGGGAUGAAUAUUAUUAUAGACACACCACUUCUGAACGGAGCCGACGCCGACAUUCCACCUGAAGAUCUGACGUUCAUCAUUUCUAAACCUCCCAAACACGGGGCAAUUCUGAACCAAUUAUCCACAGGCUCUUUCUUGGUGAGCAACUUCACUCUGGAGCAGAUUAGGGAAGCUUCGAGUAUCAUUUAUGAGCACGACGACUCUGAAACAGUCGAGGACAGCUUUGAAGUGAUUCUCAGUGACGGAAAAUAUUCUGUGCAGAAAACAGUGUUGGUUUUGAUCAUCGCCGUCGACGACGAAACCCCAAGAAUGGUGAUUAAUGAUGGCCUGGAGGUAGAAAUAGGGGAGUCGAAAGAGAUCAACAACAAACUUCUUAAGGCUACAGAUCUAGAUUCAGAUGAUAGCACACUCACUUAUAUCAUUCGGUUUGGACCCGGUCAGGGCCUUCUACAGAGGACCACGCCUUCCGGUGCGCUAGAGAACAUAACGCUGGGAAUGAACUUCACCCAGGCCGAGGUCGACGAAGGGUCAAUCGCCUACAUGCACAACGGUCAGGAGGGCAUACGGGACCUGGUCAAAUUCGACGUCACAGACGGCAUGAACCCACUGAUCGACCGGUACUUCUACGUCACCGUCGGCAGCAUAGACAUGGUCUUCCCUGACGUGAUCAGCAAAGGGGUUUCCCUCAAAGAAGGGGGCCGAGUGAUGCUGACCACAGACCUUCUGAGCACCACCGAUCUCAACAGCCCUGACGAGCACCUGGUCUUCACCAUCACCAGGGCCCCAGUGAGGGGCCAUUUAGAGUGUACGGACACACCUGGGAUGCCCAUUGCGUCGUUCACUCAGCUCCAACUGGCCGGGAGUAAGAUCUAUUACCUCCACACCUCUGACGACGAGGUCAAAAUGGACAGUUUUGAAUUCGAGGUCACCGACGGGUUUAACCCGGUGUUCAGAACCUUCCGAGUGUCCAUCGUCGACGUGGACAACAAGAAACCGGUCUUAACGAUUAAUAAUCUGCUGGUCACCGAGGGAGAGAGUAAGCUCAUCACGCCCUUUGAGCUCAACGUAGAGGACCAGGACACGGCGGAGAAGAUGCUGAAGUUCUCCGUCACUCAGCACCCGGUUCACGGGAAAUUGCUCUACAACGGAUCGACGCCUGUCACCAGCUUCACCAAGCAGGACCUCAACGAAAACCUCAUCAGCUACAAACACGACAAGCACGACAAGUCGCCGGAAGACUCGUUCUCCUUCACCAUCACGGACGGCACUCACUCGGACUUCUACGUGUUCCCCAACACCGUGUUCGAGACCCGCCGCCCUCAAACCAUGCAGAUCGCCAUCCUGUCGUUGGACAACGGCGUCCCCCAGAUGGUUGUGAACAGAGGGGCGCCCACCCUCGUGACGGUGUCCACGGGUCAUUUGGGCUACACCCUCAGCUCCAAGGUGCUGAAGGCGGAGGACCUAGACAGCGAGCCGGCCUCCCUGAUGUUCCACAUCACCACCCGGCCCCUGCACGGUGACAUCAUCCACGUGGGACGCGGGAACGACUCCCUCAGCAUGUUCAGCCAAGCCGACAUCGACGAGCUGCAGGUGUGCUACGUGCUGCGUCCCCAGGAGAACGUCACCUCGGACCACUUCAUGUUCUCCGUCCAGGACGACGUUCUGGGGCCCGGUUCAGAGAAGCAGUGUUUUUUUUGA